UCUGAUUCGAGCAAAGUUCGUCGUCGUGAUAAAAAACUCGUGGAGUUUUCAUCUAAGCAAAAACCCUUGUGUUGUCAUCUAAGCAUAAACCCUAAUUUGAGUUUCAUUUUUUAAAAGUUCCAACCUUUCAUUCUUCUGCAACAAUGGCUUCCCGUUAUAGAUCUUUCUCAAGACCAGCCAUUAACAUUCUCAAAUCCACAUUUGCCCAAAAAUCAACUUCAAAUUCGAUCCCCUCUUUUCGUUCUUCCUCCUCUUCACCCAAAUUUCCCAGGGUAUUUCGACAGAUGGGCGCAAUUCAUUCUCUUUUGCCUCUUCACUCAGCAGUAUCUUCAGCUCGUCUGACAUCUUGUCUUGGCAUUGAUCCGAUCAGUUCAAGAUCUUUGUCUCAGGAGCUCGGUCUCAGUGUUCCUCGAUAAGUAGGGAUUGGAUGGGAUUUCGAGCAGACUCGAACAAGUUGCAGAAUGGCACACUCGUUUUUUCAUUCCCACUGUGAAGAUGUUCUUAAGAAAUUCUGUAUGACUUGCCUCCAUGCUUUUAUGUUAUCAUUUUUCAUAUUUUCUAGACAAGUUUUGUUUUAUGUUAAAAUAACAAUGUUUAGUGAUUAUAAGACAUUAAUUUUUAUCAGAUUAAACCCUUUUUGACUCUGGAAUUUUUAUUAAAGCAACUUGGAAGAAUUGCUUUCUGUUA